CACCUGAAGGGGAAAGGCUCGCGGGGCGCUGUCUGAGCUGAGAACCAUUUCCGGCGAAGAGUAUUGAAUCCAGUAGGUCACUGGAGGAAGAAAUGGCCAAUGAUCUUUCACCAGGUUUCUUCAUAGAAGAACUUAACAAAUACCGUCAGAAACACAACAUACUACUUAAGUAUCAUGAACUGCCCCAGUCGGGGCCCCCGCAUGAUGUGACGUUUACCUUUAAAGUUAUAAUAAAUGAAAGAGAAUUUCCAGAAGCUGAAGGUAAAUCAAAGAAGGAAGCAAAAAAUGCUGCAGCCAAAAUAGCUGUUGAUAUACUUAAUAAAGAAAAUAAGGAAGUUAGUCCUUUAUCGCUGGAAACAACGAAUACUUCAGAGGGGUCAUCCAUUGGGAAUUACAUCGGCCUUAUCAAUAGGAUUACUCAGAAGGCAAAACUAACUGUAAAUUAUGAACCAUGUGAACUGUGGGAGCAGGGGCCCAAAAGAUUUCAGUAUAAAUGCCGAAUUGGGCUGAAAGUAUAUGGUACCGGUAUUGGUUCUACUAAACAGGAGGCAAAACAGUUGGCUGCUAAAUCUGCAUAUCAUAAGAUACUAUCAGAAGGAACCUUAAUGACAAUUAACUCUACUUCUCCUGGUUCUGUUGCUACUACAAUUAAUGACUUCAGAAACAUCGCUUUGGUAUCACACACAUGUGGUUCUGAAUCGCCAUCUGAAAAUUACUUCUCAACAACUGUGCCAGAAGGAAGUUAUAAUGAUGACAGUUUAAACAAUUCUUCGUCAUCUUCUAUGAAUGUCUCCAGAAAUAAUCAUAAGAAGAUAAAAAGGCAUUUGGCGCCUACAUUUAACCUGCCUGAUAAAGAAGCAAGCAAGUAUACUGUGAACCCCAGGUUCGCCAACGAUUUUAAAGAAAUAGAACCAAUUGGCGCAGGUGGAUUUGGCCAAGUUUUCAAAGCAAAGCACAGAAUUGAUGGAAAGACUUAUGUUAUCAAACGUGUUAAAUAUGAUAGUGAGAAGGUAGAGCGUGAAGUCAAAGCAUUAGCAGCACUCACUCAUCCCAAUAUUGUUCACUACUACGGUUGUUGGGUCGGGCAUGAUUAUGAUCCUGAGAGCAGUAAUUCGGAUACCGAAAACAGCAUGAAUAUGAAUUUAGGAGUGAAGACUAGGUGCCUUUUGAUACAAAUGGAAUUCUGUGACCUAGGGACAUUGGAACAAUGGAUUGAAAACAGAAGACAACAGAAAUCAGAAAAAGCUUUGGCUUUGGAGUUUUUUUGGCAAAUAACAACAGGACUGAAAUAUAUACAUUCUAAAGAGUUAAUUCAUAGAGACCUGAAGCCAAAUAACAUAUUUUUAGUGGCUAUAAACCAAAUAAAAAUCGGAGACUUUGGACUUGUAACAUCCCUCCAAAAUAAUGAAAAGCGAACAGUUAAUAAGGGAACUUUACGAUAUAUGAGUCCAGAACAGAUUUCUUCCCAAAACUAUGGGAAGGAAGUGGACAUCUAUGCUUUGGGGCUCAUUCUUGCUGAACUUCUUCACAUAUGCACCACAGUUGUAGAAACAGCGAAGAUUUUCGCCGAGCUAAGGAGGGGCAUUUUCCCAGAUGUGUUUGACAUUAAAGAAAAAACUCUGCUACAGAAAUUACUUGCAUUGGAGCCUGAGAAACGACCUGACACGUCUGAAAUACUGAAGACUUUGGCUGAGUGGAAGAAUGUCUCAGACAAAAAGCAAAGAUACACGUAUUAGGGACCUUUGGAGAAAGUAUCUUGCUUCCAAUAAGUGAUUUUUCUGUAGUUAUCUAAAAUCUACUGGGGAAUAUUGCUAGGUACUUACCUUUUAUUUUCAUUUCCUCCCUUAAAUGUUUACGACGUUUGUAGAGACAUUUUUAUUUUUACCUCAAAAACAUUCUUACACUUACCCUUUACUGACUUUUUCCUGAUGGUGAAAAGGCUUCAAAAUUUCUUCUUUAUAUUAAUUAAUGAGUCAAUUAAUACAUAUAUAUUAAAUGUCUACUGCUUUUUAGCCAAAAA